AUGCCAGUUACCGAGUUUGCCAUCAUUAAGCUGAAGCCUAAUUGCGACGCCCUCGAGUUACUCGAAACUCUCAUGGAGUGUCAAGAAAUUCAGGAUAGUUGGAUUUGCCGCAAUCAGCCAUGCAAUCUGGAACCUGGCACCAACCUGAGCAGCAUGUAUACAGAUGCCACAGACCAAUCAACACUGCUCAUCACGGCGCCAUGGGAUUCUCCCGAGGCGCACAGAGAAUGGAUUCAGAGUCUUGAGAAUAGGAUGGCCAGUGGCAGCUUAACCGAGUUCAGUGCUCCGGGGUGCAACUCUGUCAUGCUCUUCCACAUGGACCCGGCGGGGGCAAGACCACAGAUGCGAGAGGCCUUUCAGCACAAGGAUACAAACGACGUGUUCGACGUAUGUCGCUUAACGUUCAAUGGGGAUCAGCGGGAGGCAAUACAAACUAAAUAUCAGGCACUGGAAAAUGAGUUGCGAGAGCAGGGUCUGGAGAAGAGCAUAUGGGCAGGCUGGAGGAUUGAAAAGGCCGCGGGUGAGGAAGACAAGGAAGAUUUGAUUGUAUUCUGGACUGGCGAUGUUCCGAGGAAACGACUGGAAGGAUUGGCAAGCCUCGCUCUCAAGAAAGAUCAUUGCCGCUUCAGGCAUAUCGUGUAAAUAGGCAUCACCGAGUAACCGGAGCCCCCUUCUUCAGGCGGCCUGGCCGGCACAAAAAGACAUCGGGCUCACCAGAUUGGUGUGCGAUUGUUGCUUUUUUUGUGUCUCAAAUCGUUAUUUUGAGCUCUAUUGCGAGCGCGCGUUCUGAGCACAUGAAAUGCAAGGUAUCCCGAGACGCCCAGUUGUGCAUGUAAACCCUUCCCACGCCGAAAGCCACCCCUAUUUUACCACCAAUUCAUUUCCUUAGUUCUUCUUGGGGACCUCUGCGAUUUGCAGG